AUGCAUAUGAAGUUAUUGUCGUUUGAUUACAACUAUUUGUUUACAACUCAUACCAAGCUUACAAUUUACCCAAGUUUGAUUCCAUCUAUUGAUGCAUUUUUAAAUCUUCAAGAUUAUGAUCUAUUGUCUAUUAUACUUGUUCUUGAUUUGACUAUAUGUGAAGAUAUUUGCCAUCAUGUUGAAAGAUUUGCUAUGAACUUUACAGAUAUAGAAGCUAUUAACUUACAAGUUACAUUGGUUAAUACAUUACUUGACAAAUCAUUCUAUUCUACUGCUUGGAAACUUCCAUUACAUGCUAUUGCUUUUAUACAAAUGUUGAAAACUGCUCAUUUGCUUACACCUCAGACUAUAAAGACAAUUGAAGAUCUCUGAGAUAUAUGAAGCCACUAGAAACUCUUAAAGAUAAUGCAGAGAAUGUUAAUUAUUGAAAAUCAUUUACUUUCACCUCAUUGCUUAGUUGAAACUUAUUGCAUAUCUGCUGC